ACUGUAGUCUGUAGGCCACAAGGACGAACCAAACAGUAUUAUCUCUUGGUUCUCGCGAUAUUUGCAUAAUGCAUAACAACUUCGCUAGAUAAAGCGAAAAAAUCAUUGACUGCUUUUCUUACCUGCCUACGUCGCAGUUUUAAGUUAUUUUUAAUGCACAUGUGUACGUACAAAGAAAAAUUCGACCGUCCAUCAAGCUCAGUGAUGGUUAUGUAAGUUGUCGUGAUUUUUUUUCGUAUUUCAAUUGACUCGCGAUUUCCGUUAUUAGUCAUUCGAUUGAGUUGAAUUAGUACGAUUGUAUUUUCCGAACUGACUGCGACGAACGAACGUUCCGAGUUUCGUCCACAUUCGACAAUAUGGCCGACCUGAUGUUUGAUUAUCAGUUCCGUUUGAUACUGAUCGGCGACAGUACGGUUGGCAAGAGUUCGCUGUUAAAAUUUUUCAACGAUGGUAAAUUCGUCGAGGUGUCUGAUCCAACAGUUGGCGUCGAUUUCUUCGCUAGAACAAUACAAAUACCCAGCGGUCCACGCAUAAAAUUACAGCUAUGGGAUACAGCUGGUCAAGAGCGAUUUAGAUCAAUUACAAAAUCCUACUACCGAAAUUCAGUAGGCGCUCUGUUAAUAUAUGACAUAACAAAACGAGCCAGUUUUGAUCACAUACCUGUUUGGAUGAAUGAUGCCAAACGUCACAUUGAACCUCAUCGACCCGUAUUUGUCUUAGUUGGGUGCAAAUUAGAUUUGGUAAAUAAUGGUGCUAGUAAGAGGGAAGUGACUGAAGAAGAAGCCAAACAAUUUGGUGCAGAACAUAAUAUAUUCACUGUCGAAACAUCUGCAAAAACUGGUUCUAAUGUUGAAUUGGCAUUCUCUGCUAUCACCCAAGAAAUUUACCAGAGGAUAAAAAGUGGUGAAUACCAAAUGGAAGAAGGCUGGGAUGGCAUUAAAAGUGGCUAUUCACAUCAUUCAGCUAGUAUUGAUUUUAAUAACUACAUCGAAGCUGAACCAGCUAAGUCGUGCUGUUAAAACUUGAAUCCCCUUAACUAAGCUUACUAUUCUUUUUUUUUUUAUCUUUAACUGAGUAACAAUUUUAUAAAACAAACAUUUAGCUUUGAUGACUUAUUUUUAAACUUUUUUAAUGUUUAUUUUGACAAAUAUUAACCUAAGGUAAAUAUGUAAAUUACACUUAGGAGAAUGGUACAAGACUAGUGUUCUAUGAAUUAUUAUAAACUAUAGUUUAUUUUAUAUAUAUAAUAUAUUAUGUAUAACUUUUUUUUUGCACAUAAUUAUAUUUUUUUAAUAUGAAUAUUUUACAAUUAAGCUUUGUAUAAAUUAUGUGUUGUAUUCAAAAAUAAAUUAGUAAAAUUUAUUUCCAAAUGUCAACA